GAUGUGGUGCAGCUCUGGCUCUGACGUGGGAUGGGCCCAAAUGGGGCCAAAUGAUAUCCAUAUAUCUUUCUCCGUGGGCAUGCUCGUGCCAAACAGUCUGGCUCCCAAGCAAUCCUGGAGCCGUGGCAACAGAAAGAAGACCCAGCCACCCUUGGAAGUUCUGGACGUGAAAGGGCUUUGCGAGGAGUGGGAUGCUUGUGAGGAAAUCAGAGAUCGCCUGCGGCAAGGAAAUACCUUUCUUCACCCCGAUACAAAAGAUACAGUAGACGGAUGUUGCAAGAAUUCCGCCAUACUAGUUCCAAUUCUUACCAGGAUGGCUGUUUUGGAGUUCAAGUCUUUGCCACCGGUGGAUCCGCUUCGAGUUGAAAUUGAUGAUUUGUUGGUGAAAAACAAGAGGGGGAAUGCCCCCGAACAAGAACAUGAUGUUGUCAAAGCUUCUUGGCGCGUCAAGAAGCUCUGCAGCUUUGUAAAGAUGAAGACCCGUCGUGGAGAAGUAAGCACAGUUGAAACUUUCCAGGAUAUGUGCUUGAUCCUUGAUCCUACUUUGCAGGAAAUGGUGGACGCCAUCAACGAGAGGAAAAAACAAAAACUCAUGGUCCAGCAGGAGGAAGAUGAAGAUGAAUGGGAUGAGCAAGGUAAGGAAGACUUGGCGCGGAAGCGGGCUGACAUUGAGAGAAGAGCUCCCGCAGAGUUUCCGAGUGGCAAUGAUACGUGCGACACGCUGCCAUAUGAAGCAACACUGGCUGCAACCCCUGAGAUCAAAGAGAAUUUGGUUUCCCCUGUGCAUAGUGCAGAUGCUAAAAGAGAUGCAUACCAAAGAAAACAGGUGAAGGAACGUGUGGAAGGAACAUCUUCUGUCGAAGUCCCUACCUUCGAAAACAAAUCUACCAAUCUUGAGUCCGCUGAUGGUUUGGAGUCAAAGGAUGAGACUGGUACAAAAUCCCCCAAGAAGAAGACCACCCGCAAGAAGAUCGAUGUGAAAGAAGAACAGUUUUCGACCAGUGAGCAAGAGGACCCACCAGCUGAACCCCCGGUGACGCGCAAGAAUCAGCUGGAGAUGAAGGGAGAUCCUGUAACAGGUGAAGAGGCACAGCCAGAGCCUGCAACAAAACGACGCCGGAAGAGCAAGGAGCCCACACCCUCAGGAGCUUCGAACAAGGCAGACACAAAAGCAGAAAAAACCGAGGUGGCAAAGGGAAAGAACAAUGACAAAACCAAAAAACAUGUUGCCAAGACCCCGGCAGAAAAGAAAGUUACUGAAAAAAAUGCUGACUUGGAGGAAACAAAGAAACGACCCCGCUCCCGUUCAGCAAAAGACAGCAGCAGAAAGGGCAAGAAGCUGGAGCGACUGCCGCCGGCACCUACAACACAAAAGGAUCAAAAGCUUGAAAUUGUGAAGUUCCUGAGGUUGACAAAAGACCUAACCGAAGACAAUGCGAAGGAGCAGUUGAAAGAUUUGGUACCAGAUUACAAGGGCCUUGGGUAUGAUGGGACCCUCAACAUCUACUGGCUCAGAAAAGGUGUCAAGGGCACAGGCGUUGGAGUUAAAUCAGUAUCGGAAGGAAAGGACUAUGCCCAUUUUGGGUUUUUGAGUUGUUCUGACAACUGGAUUAUCGCCAUGGCUACGUCGAUCAAGGCAGCAGAAAUUUUGGUACGCUAUGUGGAUGACACUUCGGAGACUGAGGAAAACAAAGGAGUUUCCCUGCAGGCCAACCGCGAUGUCCAGAACAUGAAAGAAGCAAUUAUCAUUUCCGGGCGAAAAGCCAUCCAAGCGUUUUGCAAAGAAGCCUACUCAAAGACCUUUGUUCAAUGCAUUUUGCUCCUUGUGUGGGCAUAUCCGGUUGACGAGGCUCGCUUUGCUGGCCAUUUUGCGGUGCAAAGCCCACGACUUUGCAGCCCACCUCGGAGUAAAAUGCAGCAGCUUCUGCAAGGUCAAUACUGGAACGACAUGCCUGAUGGUUUUGCUCAUCACCGCGAUGGGCGGCGUGUGGACGCUAGAGCAGCCAGGCACUACCCAAUGGCAUUUGCACGAGCAGUGGCAGAUCGGAUAGAAUCCAUGAAGGCUACACGCCGAGGAUGUCCUGAGGUUCCAAAUGAGGCAACUCCAGAAGAACUUCAAGCUGCUGGCAUCUCCGUCCUGAAGGAGAAGGACCCUCCACCCGAGUCAGAAGGCAAUGAGGUGUCUCCCCAACAACUGGCAGCAGAACCGCCAGCUGGUGAAACCAAAGACGAAUCCACUGCCCUAGCUGGACAAGCCGACGUGUCCCGCAAGGCCAAACUGCGGAGUGCGGCCAAGAGUCGCAUCAACCGCUGGGUGAAGCCGCACAGUCGCCGAUCGGAGCUCAAUGCUCCUGAGUGGUUGGUUGAGCAGUGGAGAAAUGGCUGUAAGAACGACAUUGCUGACCUGUUGAGCCAAGAGAAUUUCAACAAGGAACGCUUUUUGAAUAAGCUCUUGAUCAGCGUAAAGAAGCAGCAAAAGGUUGAGCUUACCAAAGAACAGGGCUGGUUCUCAGAGGGUGAGCUUACGGAGACCAAGAUCGACGGUGCCAAAGCCAAGUGCAAAGCGAUGGGCCAAUCUCACUUUAGGCAGAAUGAGUACGACGGUGUGGAUGAGAUGUGGGUCACGAUCAAAGAAACUGGGAAAAAAAUUGAGUCUACUACUUACGAGGAACUUCACCAGCAAGAGCGUGAGGCCUCUGGUGAACCUACUUGUGACUUUGGCGAUGGUGGCAAGUUUGCCAUGAUUGAAGCUGACAGGGCCAGGACUUCUGUGAAAGCGCAGGUUGCCAAGGAACCCCCGAACCAGCAAAGCAAAUUUGCCCAGUCGAAAGAAGCCCUGAAGAAAUUCAUGGACUCCUUGAUUUCCAGAACGGGAAAGUUGAGAAGCUUAGCACGUGAUUUGGAAACCAAGUUUGAUGAUCCAGCUGCCACCUCGUGCAUCAAUUCCUUAAAGACGCAGAUCCAAAAGGUUGAUGAUGCAUAUGACUCGUGCAUGAAUGCAUGGUCCAAGGGUGAAGCAGAGGGGUUCUUUACAGAGGGGUGUGCAACGGCAAGCGGAGUGGAAAUGAAGAUCAGGAACGCAAAAAAGUUCUACAAAAAGAAGGACACCCCUGGCCGCGCAUCGGUUCGUACGCGUGGCCGUGAUGAUGGAAAUGAGGAAACUGAACCGGAUGCCAAACGUCCUAGAAAAUCUAGUGGUGCCAAGCCUAAGGCCAAAUCGGUCAAAAGCCAGGUCACACCAUUCGUGGAUUUGCCAAACGAGUUGGUGAAGGUGGAUACCGAGACCCUCAAAGUGACUGCCAGUGAGAAGGUGUUCACUGAGGGUACAGAUCCCAAAGUCAAACGGCAGAAGUCCUGGAUGCAAAAACAUCAGAGCUGGUGGAGAUACUGCGACUCCACCAACCAUGACCUCACACCGCUGGUAUGUGUCAAAAAACACUAUGUGAAGCAGAAGUGCAAUUACAUAGGUCACAGCUACACCACCAGGUACUUGCUUGCAGGGCUGAGGAAGUCAGACUACACUGGCUCGAAUCACCACGUUUUCCGGUCUUUGUUGUCUUUUUGUGCUACAGAGGCACAGUCGAUGUGCACAACAGGGUUCACAGAUCGACAAGGAGUGCAGCGGUGGAUGAUGAUGCUUCACAUCACAGGAGAUUGGCAAUUCCUUCACAAGUCGGGAAGCUUCAGCAGAAGCUUCCACAACUGCCAAAAGAACAAGGUUCAGCAGGCUGGUCGUGGAAUUUGUCACCAGUGUCAGGCAGGACAGCCACAUGCUCCAUUCGAACAAAUUGCAACAAGGCGACCUGCGUGGCUGCAGACAGAGUUCGUGGAGUGCGCAUUUGAGGAACCUACACCCUUCCGGAUCUUGCCUCAUGUUCCAGGUCAGCUGGAAGCAAUGUGGGCUUUUGACUUCUUCCACACUUGGCACCUCGGCGUGGCAAGGGUUUGGAUUGGCUCAGCUCUGGCCAUGUUGGCACAGCUGCAACAUGGCAGCAGCAUCGAUGACAGGUUUGCUGCCCUGUCUGAUCAAUACAAGCAAUGGUGCUUCCAGCACAAGUGCCGUGCCCACAUCCAAAAGCUCACAAAGGACUGCAUUGCCUGGCAAAAAACAACUUUGUUCCCAUGCGGAACAUGGCACAAAGGGGAGCUCACAACUGUCCUGAUGAGGUUCUUGGAGCAUGUCCUGACGGUAGAGAGGUUCCCUGAUGAGCCUUUGAUGGAGCUUGUUCGGCAGGGCACAGUUUCAAUCAACAAGUCCAUCAGCAGAAUGUACAAAUCAGAUUUGUGGCUCACACGAGCUGAGUGUUUUGAGAUCUCUGGUUUAGGUUUGAGAUUCUUGCGACGGCUGUCUGAGCUGGCGCAUCAAUGUUUCAUUCAAAGGAGAAAUUUGUUUUGCUACAUACCAAAGGUGCACGUGUUGCAGAAAAUUUACCUUAGGGUCCAUACCGCUGCAAUUAACGGCACUCCCCAGCUGAACCCGCUGGGGUUGAGUGUACAGCAAUGUGAAGAUUUCAUUGGCCGCGGCUCCCGUCUUAGCAG